GUGAACGGCGGCAAGGACCAAGCGUGCCGAGGAGCAAGUGCAGCGGACAACAGGCCAAGCUACUUCGAUGUCAUCCACGACGUCUCUAGCAUUACAUCCUGCAAGGCCGAGUGCAUGAAGCAGGCCUCCUGCACCGGAAUCGAGUACAGCCCUGGCCGCUGUGAAAUUUGGACGCGCGCUGCCGGCAUCGAAGCAUCCAUCACGCUGAGUGGCUUCAACUGCUGGCGUCGAACGGAGGAGCCUGGCGUGCGCUCUUGUUCGGCAACGAACGGUGCGGGAGGUGCUACAGAUGCUAUCUGUGCUGAAACAUGCAGCUAUCUGGACGCUGACCAGUGGCCCUGCGGCGGGGGCGGUCCCUGCCUGUGCGGCGGGGGAGCCACCAUUCUGCCCACGGCUGCGCCCACGACGACUAUGCGGAGCACCACGGCAGCCGCAACUACUGCCACGAUGUCGACCACCACCAGCACCACCAUCAGGGCGACAACCAGUGCCAGGACCACCACCGCGGCAGGCACCACCCUGUCGACGCCCUCCACCACAUUGGAUAGGUCCAUUCAAGCUCUAGAGAGCUCCAACUCUGACGGUGUCUUCAUGUACGACACUGGCAGUGGAUGGCUUCCGUCGGACAUCUACACAUGGCCGGACAUGAUUCAGGCCGUCCGCCUUAUGGCCACGAGCGGUGUCGGUAGCCUGAAACUCUGGCUGGGCGACACAAACCACGUCUAUGGCCUGGUAAACGUGGCUGCCUUCUUGGCGCAGUGCAUGCAGGAGACGAUCCAGUACAAUGCCUGCGAUGAGAACAACUGGAGCGACAAGGCGGUGGUCCAAGAGGCGGGCGGCGCGACCUACUCGGCAGCGUCGGCUUGUGGUCAGCUCCAUCAGUCCUAUCAGGAUUACAGCUGCUCGCCAGAGGAGGACGCCCUCGCUGGCGGAAAGAUGGCCUGUGAUGUCGACCCCAACAUGGAGAUGCGGGCCUACACGCAGGCCGGCUGGUAUGGAGCCCCGGCGAAGCUCUUCUGUGCGCCCAAGUCAAAGGUGCCCAAGGCCCCCAGGUGGGACUACAGCGCACCAUGGUGCGCGCCAGAAGAUGGAUGGGGCCAUGUCCCCCCCUUUGCUGACGAUGUGCCCCUGGACGAGUAUUUUGACUACGUCAAUGGAGGUGGCAGCUGCAAGGACUACCAGGGCAUCAAGACAGGAGGAUGGAAGUUCACAGGUGAGGGCUGCGUCGAUGGCGCUUGCCCAAAUCCAGAUGCGCCCUUGUUUGGGCAACCGGAGGGCCGUGAGGACUUGGAGGGCUGCUGUUGGUGGGGCCGAGGCGUUAUCCAAACAACGGGAACCUGCAACUUCGGCAAGCUGAACUUCUUCAUGGGCAAGAGGGCCUCAGACGAGGGAAGAUCCUCCAUCUAUCCGCAGAUCGACUUUUGCAAGAACCCGAACUCGAUUUGCGAUCCCGGCAGCCCACCGGAGCUGAAGUGGGUGGCUGGCAUGUUCUACUGGCUGAACGCCGUGCAGCCUUACAGCUCCGGCGGCUGGGAUUACAUCGCGGAGCUGAAGAAGUGGGUGGAUAAUGGCAUGCAGAAGGGCGAUCGAUCCUUCAUCAACGGGGCCUCUGGCAUCGUGAAUCGUGGCUGCCACAAUCCACCCAACUGUGGUACCGGAGAGCUUCAUGCGGCCACG